AAUAAUAAAUUAUAUGCAUAACCAAAGCGAUCAGCUGCUAAAAUAAAGCCUGGUGCUAAAAUCCCUUUAUUGAUUAGCUCAGUAAUAUCAUACAAAUCGAUUGUGGGUCAGUCAGCACCGCUCGACCCCAUUCCAUUCCUCUGCCUCCUUCCUUCCCCACAGCCCCCGGCUCGGUUUCCACCCAGCAUCGCCGAGAAGAAGCUGAAGGAGAGAGAGGAGACCCACCAGACUGCUCUAACGACCAACCUUGAGACCAACGUGCCUUUAAGUGACAACACACUCUAAGAAAGCUCUAAAAUCAACCCCACCCGUUCAGCCGGGAGGCCAAUCCCAAUCCGCUCCCCGGCCUGCGCGGGAGAGGGGGCCGGAUUCCGGUCCUGUAUUGUUUACGUCCGCGGCCAAAAGUAGGUCAUAGAAAGAGUGUGACAGCUAGUGACGGGGAGGCGGACUUGAAGGAUUUUACAGAAGCGCGGGUUUGAGCUGCACUCGGUCUGUUUUUAUGUUAAAACACUUUUUACUUACUAAGAAGAAGCUCAGAGGACUGCUAGGCGACCUCUACACUGCUGUUUUGGUGGCCUUUGGCUGGCAUGUCCAGGCGCAGCAGGAACAGUCGGGCGUGGCGCUACGUGUGGAGUGGAAUUCGGCGUGAUGCGGAUGCAAGAGCUCUGGUGCUGGCCUCAGAAAGUGAGGAGUGGGGCUAUGAUCGCCUACAGUACAGUGACUCAGACUCAGAAGCCGAGUAUUCUGCCAUCGUGCCGUCAGUGCCAAGUGCAGUGCCAGUAACCGGAGAGUCAUACUGCAGCUGCGAUUCGCAAAUGGAACCCAGCUGCAACCCACGUCUGCGCAGUUACACACGCUUAAGGGACUGCCACUGUGGCGAGGAUGACCAGGAGUUUGACUGGGUGUGGGACGAGGGCAGUCGGUCAGCGGCCACACUGCUGAGCUGCGAGAACCGAAAGGUGAGCUUCCAUUCGGAGUACAGCUGUGGCACGGCGGCCAUCCGCGGGUCCAAAGAGCUUUCGGAGGGGCAGCACUUCUGGGAAAUCAAAAUGACCUCACCAGUCUACGGCACGGAUAUGAUGGUUGGGAUUGGCACAUCAGAUGUGAAUCUGGACAAAUACAGACACACGUUUUGCAGCUUACUGGGCAAAGAUGAAGACAGCUGGGGACUGUCUUAUACAGGAUUGCUACAUCACAAUGGUGACAAAAUGAGCUUCUCAUCAAGAUUUGGUCAGGGAUCAAUCAUAGGAGUUCACCUAGACACCUGGCAUGGGACGCUUACAUUCUUUAAAAACCGCAAAUGCAUUGGUGUAGCUGCGACGGAACUUCAGAACAAGCGUGUGUAUCCCAUGGCGUGUUCCACCGCUGCCAAGAGCAGCAUGAAGGUGAUCCGCUCGGUCUCUGCCCCCACCUCUCUCCAGUACCUCUGCUGCUGGCGUCUGCGCAAGCUCCUCCCCUCCGGAGCCGACGCCCUCGGCGUGCUUCCCCUUCCACCCGGACUCAGACACCUCCUGCACUCCAAACUCGGCUGGGUGCUAAGCCUGGACCACUCGCAUCCACAUACAAACUCGAGCACACACACACCACCUGGGCCCUCGUCGGGAAGCGACUCAGAAGGCUGUGCCUCGGACCCUGAGGCCUGCCAGAGGAAACGCUGCCGCUGGACCUGAAACACUGCUUCUGUUACAAACACACAUAUACAGACAUACACACGCUGUCUCUCUCUCACUUAAUACAUGGUCAAUCUGUCCCAAUGUAUGUAUUUUUUAUUAUUAUAAAAAUUAUGAGGCUGUCACUCAAAGUCAAUUAAUGGAGUUGACUGAAAAGGAACUAAAGAGAGUGAACUGACUUUCCUUUCUGCUGACUUUCCUUUUCUCUCUGCCAUUGCUUGGGACAGAAAGUACAAGUGCUACACACAACUCUAUGCUAUUACUGGCUUAGAUCAUCUCAGUAUUCUCUCUAUCAGUAACUGUCAGUAUCCGUAUACAUGAGAGCUUGGAUCUAUAGCAUCAGAAUGAGUAAAACGGAUGCUUAGAAUGGACUAUGUGUAGAACAAGGUAGAUUAGUGAUCAAUCAGACACUCCUUAGUACAGCGUUAUGAUGCCAGACAUUGAAACUAAUGCUUUUUUGAUGGAACAAGUUCUAAAGGAAGGUGCUAAAUGUGAGAAGAACAACUAUAGCAAUUGUCACAAUUUUCUUGGAAAUGUUUGUGCCGUUCACUGGCACUGGAUGUCGUGAUGUGACCUGGACCAGAUCAACUGACAUUUACGUUUUUCUAUGCUAAUCUCUUUGACACAGCACAGUACAUACACUCUUAAAUAUAUAGGGGCAAAAAAUGUUUCAUAGAAAAAAAAACACUUUGAAAAAGCUUUACAUUGGUAAAGAAUCUAUGUACACCGUGUAAAGGCUACACUAUAAUUUCAAAGGGGUAUUGCCAAUAGAAUAACUCUCUAAUCUGUAAGGUGGGGAUCAUUGACCUCACUUAGGCUCACUGUUGUCACUGAAUACAAUCAAAUCCUCACAGCACAUUUUCAAAAAAACUUACAAAUCCCUUCCUGGACAGUAGUGACCGUUUUCUAGUACUCUGAACACAGUGAAUGAGCAGGUGUCCCAAUACUUUUGUCCCUAUAUGGUGUGCUUCAAGUCUUUAGAAAUGCUUUUCACACUUUUCACACCAUCAUCUGUGUUGCAUACAUUUCUUUAGUUCUUUAUGGAAUCAAAAUUGGUUCUUCUAAUAUAUGAUAAUUUGCAGCUCCAAUAUUUUUAAGACUGUAUGUAUCUAAAUUACAACCAGGCUGUGCCCUGUCCAUCCUGUCCCGUUCCUCAUUUAAUGUGAGCUUUUAAAGUUGCUGUCAUGCCUCAAACAUCCUGCUCUGCAUACCUUUGUCCAGCCAAUCAGUGAAUGUAUUGAUGGUGUUUAUGGGUGUGGUCUGUUGCUGGGUGGUGGGAGAUGUCCUUCCUAAAUCCUUUGGUUUCUGUAUUGUAUCCGUGUAGGUGUAC